CAACACAGUGCCACAACGUGCGUGCUCUCGUCGACCUCUGGCCAUGGGUGCUCUUCGGCGUCACCAGUGCCUCAUUGCCGCAUUCGUGCUCGCCGGGCUACUCCUCGUCCAGGCCGAGGCGCGCGGGGUGACGAGCGCGUACCGGCGGAGGCUGGAGGCGGCGGAGGACAUGCCGCUGGACGCCGAUGUCUUCGCCGUGCCGCCCGGGCACAACGCGCCCCAGCAGGUGCACGUCACGCUGGGCGACCAGGCCGGCACGGCCAUGACGGUGUCGUGGGUGACGGUCGACGAGGUCGGCAACAGCACCGUCAUGUACGGCCGCGCCAUGGGCAGGCUCGACAUGGCGGCCGAGGGCACGCACACGCGCUACAAGUACCACAACUAUACCUCCGGGUUCAUCCACCACUGCACGCUCACCAGCCUCGAGCAUGGCACCAAGUACUACUACGCCAUGGGCUUCGGCCACACAGUGCGUACCUUCUGGUUCACCACCCCUCCCAAGCCCGGCCCGGACGUACCCUUCCGGCUGGGCCUCAUCGGCGACCUGGGCCAGACGUCCGAUUCCAACAGCACACUGACGCACUACGAGGCUACCGGCGGCGACGCCGUGCUCUUCAUGGGCGACCUCUCCUACGCCGACAAGCACCCCCUCCACGACAACAAUCGUUGGGACACGUGGGGCCGCUUCUCUGAGCGCAGUGUCGCCUACCAGCCAUGGAUCUGGGUCACCGGCAACCACGAGGUCGACUACGCCCCGGAGCUCGGUGAGACGACGCCGUUCAAGCCAUUCACCCAUCGGUACCCGACGCCGCACCGGUCGAGCGGCUCGCCGGAGCCCUAUUGGUACUCGGUGAAGCUCGCGUCCGCGCACAUCAUCAUACUGUCCUCCUACUCCGCGUUCGGCAAGUACACGCCGCAGUACAAGUGGCUGGAGGCGGAGCUGAAGCGCGUGAACCGGAGCGAGACGCCAUGGCUGAUCCUGGCGUCGCACUCGCCGUGGUACAACAGCUACAACUUCCACUACAUGGAGGGCGAGCCGAUGCGUGUGCAGUUCGAGCAGUGGGCCGUCGACGCCAGGGUCGACCUCGUCUUCGCCGGGCACGUGCACGCGUAUGAGCGCAGCCACCGGGUGUCCAACAUCAAGUACAACAUCACAGACGGGAGGUGCAAGCCGGUGCGGGACCGCCGCGCGCCUGUGUACAUGACCAUCGGCGACGGCGGCAACAUCGAGGGGCUUGCCGACAGCAUGACGGAGCCACAACCGAGCUACUCGGCGUUCCGGGAGGCCAGCUUUGGGCAUGCCGUGCUGGACAUCAAGAACCGCACGCACGCCUACUACGCCUGGUACCGCAACGCCGAUGGUGCCAAGGUCCCCGCCGACACCGUGUGGUUCACCAACCGUUACUACAUGCCCAACCACGACGACUCUCGUUGAUUCGUUCUCAAGUAAUCAAGCAUAUUAUUACUUACUGAUAAUAAGGCUGAUGAAUUGUUGCCAUAUAUGUAUGUGUGUAUUUACUUUCAAAAAAAUGAUGUAUAAACAACUCCUAAUUCAUAUGGUUGAAUAAAGCUAUGAGUUUCUUGUGAAA